CAAGCGAAUUGCUAACCUAGCCCAGCCCUCUUUCGUUCGCACACCCCCGCCGCCAACCUCCAGCUCCGGCUCGCGAGACACCGCCACCACCCUCCCGCUAACCAGCCACAGCCUCCCCAACGCCCCUGAGCGCGCUGCCACCCUGCGUCCCCUGACCAUCGCGCCAUCGUUCUCCGACCUCCUGCCAGUCACCGCCGUCGAAACCAACCACGUCGCCUCCCUGACCAAGACCACGACGCCGCCGCCCCUCAGCACGCGGAACGAGACACUCGUCGGUUGAAUUUGCGCCGCCCCAGUGCAGUCCAGCCCCAAUACUGCAUCGAUCUAUCUAUUGUGCUCCCGUCCGCACCGGCAGUGGCGACGAUGAAGAUUGAGAAAGCAAAUGCAGGACAUCUCACCAACUUCGAAGUUCUCGACUUCUUACGGAAAAGAGGUGCAAAAACUGAUCCGAUGGGAUGUUUGGGGGCCGUUGCUGCAUCAGAGUGUAAGGUAUACGAGUACCUCCUGAAAACUCCUGCUUGCAAUCAGACAAGGGAAUCAGUUACUGAAUUUGCAAGCACAUGUGAGGGUUUCAAGCUUACUGAUGCUGACAAGCAAAACAUUAUCAAUUGGAGGCCAACCUCAGCAGCUGAUGUUUAUGCGAUGGUGGAGGAGUGUGGGAAAAGAUUUUGCAAGGACGAGCGAGGAGUGCCGCAGGAUGAAGAGGACCGUGCCAAGGAACUUGUGGCUCUUGUAAACGAGAUUUUUCCAGCACCACCUGCAAAGCCAAAGGAUGAGGUGGAUAUGAAGCCAGAGGAUGAAGUGGAUGCGAAGCCAGAGGAUGAAGUGGAUAUGGAUAUGAAGGACAGCUGAAAGGGUUUGGUUCUGCUAUAUAUAUAAAGGGUUUGUUUCUUGACGAGGGAUAGACUUUCGCAUCGACCUGUAGCUUAUCUAUGCAUCUGCAUACAUGUUCUGGGUAACUGCUUGUGGUGGCAGAAGGCCAAUAUUGUUUGAGACAUCAAUGUCAGAAACAACAAAUUGACCUAUGAGCUUCAAUCGCAGUUUUGAGGUUCUCUU